AUGAAGUUUGGAAAGACUCUUCUUUCCCACCAGAUCCCAGAAUGGUCGGUCCACUACAUGAAUUACAAGCACUUGAAGAAGGUCAUCAAGACCAUCGACAAGUUUAUCAACUACAACAGCUACUCGCCGUUGGAGCUUCCCGAGUUGAUUUCCACAGUGCUUUCUCAGUUCUUCUAUGAGUUGGAUAGAGACAUCGAAAAAGUGUCGGAGUUCUACGACGCCAAGUACUACGAGUACUCCAGAAGAACUGCCAGAAUCGUCCAUGUUUUGGGUUACACCAACGGGAAAAUCACCCACCAGGUCGACACCACAGACGAGUUGGACGAGAUUGUGCUGAUCUCCUUGGAACUUAGAGCCAUUUACAGAAACUUGAAGUGGUUUGGCGAGCUUAACCACAAGGGUUUCAUCAAGAUCUUGAAGAAGCUCGAUAAGAAGUUGCUCUACUUGACCAACUUGGCCAACGACCAGUUGCGUGUGGACGCCGAUCUGGACGAGGAGGUGCCUGUGGUCAAUUUGCCCAACAACAACAAAGAGACCUACUUGACCACCAGAGUGGAUGCGUUGCCGUUUGCCAAUGGUCUGGAGCUUCAGGCGGGCUUGGACACCAUCAACGAGAUUUUAAACCAGUUGGGCGACCAGCAGAUUGAGUUGGAGAACAACUUGGAGGCGGAAAAGGUGCUUUCGACUGCCACCAAGAACUUGAAUGUUUUGAAGAUCGGCGGAAACAGACGCUACUCGUUCGACAAGGAGUUCAUGGAGAACUUUUAUGAGCUUAUUUACCAGAACGAAGCCGAUAAGCUUAUUUCGGAGCUUGACGGCUUGGAGUGGGCCCAGAAGUCGGUCAAGUUGUUUCUUUCGCUUUUGAACAAGGCCACUUUGGCCAACUCCGUCGCCUGUACUGACCGUCUUUUCGACUACUUGGUAGAUUUCACGAAGAAAAACGCCUCUGAGGUUGGUGAGAGUAACGCUCUUUUUGACUCCAUCGACAUUUCAGGCCGUAACUUCUUCCACCAGCAUGUGGUGUCUCUUGGUAAGAAGCAGCUUAUCAAGGAGCAGAAGAAAAGUAAUCCUGGUGAGUCCAGUGACAUCAAGCGUUUGUACGGAAACGAGUCUGGCCCCGACGGCUCUCAGCUUUCUCCCGUUUACAUUGAUGGUUUGAGAAACAUCUUGAAGAAGGUGGACCAGCUUCCUGAAUACCAGAGCUUGCUUGUGGCCAAAGAUACGUACUUGAGAACUCCCGUCCACUAUGCUGCUCAGUACGGUGCCAAGGAUGUCACCAGCUUGCUUUUGGAGUACAUGAUCAAAUGGAACUUGUUGGACCAGAACGUUCCAAUUGACCUGGUGGAUGACUUUGGUGACCAGGAGGGAUUGACGCCAUUGCACCUUGCCAUUAUCGGUAAGCACCCCAUGACAACCGUGAACCUUCUAGCUGUCAACAAGGAACCAUUGUCGUGCCCCAACUUGUUGCUUUUGGCUACCAGACUUAACUGUGAGGAUAUCGUGAAGGACUUGAUUGAAUCGGGCUUCAUUGAUGUGAACUACACAGAUGCCGAGAACAACGAGGAGACAGCUCUUUAUGUUGCUUCCAAGCUCAACCACUUGAGCACCGUCAAAUUCUUGUUGAAAAUGGGAGCUGACACUGAGUUGGGUGAGUGUGUUUUCGGCUGGACUCCUAUCUUCAUUGCUGCAGCAGAGGGUUACCAAGAAGUGGUUCAGAUUUUGAUCGACUACGCCGCUAGAUUUGAUCUUGUGGAUGAUUCUGGUUGGUUGCCUAUGGAACACGCUUCUUUGCGUGGUCAUCUUGUUGUGGCUGACUUGUUGAAGCCUUUGGACGACAACUUGCUCUUGUACAACAUCGACGAUCCUUCGAAGAACACCCCAAGAACUCAUAACCCAUCGUCCAAGAAUGCUUCCAACACCACUUCGCCCUUUUUGCACCCAACCAGCGAGGAGAUGCUCUUGUCUACUUCCUCGAUCGAGAAGCUUCCAGAGCUGAACAGAAACGCUGUUAGUGAGGUCUACCGCCAGUUCAAGCAGCUUGACAGCAGUUCCAACAUCUCAAGCAGCAACAACCUGAACAACUCCAAUGGCAGAGAUAGAUCGCGUGCAAGAAGCAAUUCUAGAUCCAGAUCACCAGUGAACCGCCGUAAAAUGAAGCCAAUCAAAUCCUUUGGUCACAGAUACUUGGCCAAGGGCGAGCUGUUGGUGCUUAUUACGUUGGGAACUACCGAUUUGCGUGACCAGCUGAAGCCCAUUGAUUUGAACAAGAUCUCCAUGUCUCAGAGCUUCUUCACAGAACUUGACACUGCUCUUUCGCUUGUGGUCACUUGUCGCCACAAGGAGACCAAGGAUAUCAUUGAAGCUCCUGUCAUUGUUGAUUUGCCUUUGGAAGAUCAGCAUGGAAGUGCCACUGACCCUAUCACCUUCAAGCUUGAUGCUGGUGUCAGCGCUGAUGAUAUGGUGGUCAAUUUUGAUAUUGUGCCCACUUACCAGUAUCCUACCAGUAACCUUCAAAACACACACAAGGGUGCAAUGAAGGGCAAAAUUUUAGGAAGAGGUGUUGCUUUGUUGAAGAGUGCCUACACUGAGGUCGGUACAGACUUGCGUUCUCUUCACAACUCCAUCACUAUUCCAAUCUUAGAGUUAGACUCUCUUGACAUGUUGGGAACCCUCAAGUGUGAGUACAUGUGUGCCAAGUCCUUUGAUCACCACCAGAUCUCCAUCACUCGUUCUGAUACGUACUGGAAACAAUUGGUCUCCACUCGUGUCAUUGGUCACAGAGGUUUGGGUAAGAACAUGAACAAGAGAGAUUCGUUACAGUUGGGUGAAAACACCGUCGAGUCGUUUAUCGCUGCUGCUUCGUUGGGAGCAUCAUACGUCGAGUUCGAUGUCCAACUCACAAAGGAUCACGUUCCUGUCAUUUACCACGAUUUCUUGGUGGCCGAGUCUGGUGUUGAUAUUCCGAUGCAUGCGUUGACAGAGGAGCAGUUUUUGGGUCUUAGUGAGCACGAAGCUUCCACCAGAGAAAACAAGUCUAUUUUGAGCUACGAUAAGAUCAACAACAACUUGAACAUCACAAAGAAUUUCGCUCUUGAUGACGAGUUGUUGGGCAAGUACAAUAGACCCCGUUCGAUGUCGUCUUACCCAUCGGCCCCCAACUUUGCUUCUGCAGCUGAGGAGGAUGAAUUGGACAGAGAGUUCAAGAACCAGAUCUCCAAUAGAAUGAAGCUCACGAAGACAUGGAAGGAGAAGGGUUUCAAGGGUAACGCCAGAGGAUUGUCGAUUGCGUCGAACUUCGUCACGCUCAAGAAGCUUUUCCAGAAGUUGCCCAAGAACGUGGGCUUCAACAUCGAGCUCAAGUACCCCAUGUUGGAUGAAGCGCAGCUCGAAAGUAUGGGCGAAAUUGCUUACGACAUGAACUUCUACGUGGACACGAUUUUGAAGACCGUUUACGAGAUGAACACCAGUGGCAGAGACAUUUUGUUUUCUUCGUUCCAUCCCGACAUUUGUCUUUUGCUUUCGUUGAAGCAGCCCACCAUGCCGAUUUUGUACCUUACGGAAGCUGGAACCGAGCCCAUGGCUGAUAUCAGAGCGUCGUCUUUACAAAAUGCCAUCAGAUUCGCCAAGAAAUGGAAUCUUUUGGGUAUCGUCAGUAACGCUAAGACGCUCGUGAAAACGCCCAGACUUGCCCAGGUCGUCAAGAGUUCUGGUCUUGUGUGUGUGACUUAUGGUGUGGAGAACAACGAUCCUGAAGCCUGUAAGAUCCAGAUGAAGGCCGGAGUUGACGCCGUCAUUGCCGACUCUGUUUUGGCCGUGAGAGAGGGUCUCCGUAAGGAAGAAGAAACGGUCUACUAA